AAUAAGUAUUCGCAUAGAUUAUAUACAUGUCUUUAAUCUAUGGUAUUCAUUUAACGGCGCUUAAUCAAUUGUGUGGUUAAAUGUUGUCUGUAGACGAUUUCUUGGAAAUUCCGAUAAAAAGAAAUAUGAAAUAUUAUUGAUUCAGUGAUAACGAAAAUCAAUAUAUUAAAUUUUCUGUAUGCCAACGAAUAAGAUAUACAUAUACGAUUCAGAAUUGUAUUUAAAAUACUUUUCCUAGUUUUCUAUUGAAAUUAUGAAGCCGUUUCGUGUGGCAAUUGAAGGAAAUGUUGGUUCUGGUAAAUCAACUUUAAUUAAAUAUUUUCAAACUUUUAAAGAAGUCGAAGCGAAUCCUGAGCCGAUAGAAAUGUGGCGUGAUGUGGAUGGUUACAACUUGCUUGAGCUUAAUUACUUGGAUCCUAAGAGAUGGAACUUUGCUUUUCAGCAUAAUUUACAACUAAGUCGGUUAAAAUUACAAUCAAAGGUGACUGAUAAAAAAAUUCAAAUGUUUGAACGGUCAUUACAAAAUAAUAGGUAUUGCUUUGUAGAAAUGGCUCAUGAUAGUGGAACACUAUCUGGCCCUGAAUAUAGUGUGAUGUGCCAGUGGUAUGAAUUUAUUGAGCGUAAUGUUGAUAUUGGAUUAGAUUUGAUUGUUUAUUUAAGAAGUUCACCAAAUACAGUGUUCAAACGAAUGCAACGUCGUAAUCGCCCAGAAGAGCGUAAUAUGAAAUUAGAAUAUUUGGAAAAAUUGCACAAAUAUUAUGAAAAAUGGUUAAUGAAAGAUGACCAAAGCUAUUUGCCAUGCUCUUUGUUGGUACUGGAAGUAAAUAAAGACUUAUCAGACCAAGAAUUAACAGGAAUUUACAAAAUGUAUGAAGAUCAGAUUUUAGGGAAAAAAGCCACAUCAUAAGUAUUAUAUAAUUAAUGUUAACACAUAUUUUUAAGUAUUGUUUUGUAGAAGAUCGUUAUUGAUUAUAAAAUUAAAAAAAAUUCUAUUUAUAAUCCUAAGUAAUUUGUAUGAUUAAAACAAGUUUUGCACUAAUAUUUUAAAUAGAUUAAUACUAUUAAAUAUAAUAUAAUAAAACAAAUGCAACUAUCAA